GGUAUCACAAAUUUUCCCUCUGACCUCAAAAUCAUGAAGAUGCCUACCAGAAUUGCUUUUUCUCUUUUCAUCUUCAUUAUUCUUUCUGAAAGAAAUAUCAUGGCCAUGGCACAAAACACGUCGACAAUCCCAGUUAACGUGGGUGUCAUUCUUGACUUGGAUACAUGGAAUGGGAAGAUGGGGUUCAGUUGCAUAAACAUGGCCCUUUCAGACUUCUAUGCCUCCAAUCCUCACUACAGAACUAGGCUGGUUCUUAACUCCAGGGACUCCAAAAGUGAUGUUGUUGGAGCAGCUGCUGCAGCUCUAGACCUCAUUAAAAAUAUAGAAGUGCAAGCUAUCAUAGGGCCACAAAACUCAAUGCAAGCCAACUUUGUGAUUGAUCUCGGUGAUAAAGCUCGGGUGCCCAUUAUAUCAUUCUCAGCAACAAGCCCUUCUCUUUCUUCCCUUGAGAGUUCAUACUUUUUUCAAGUCACUCAAAAUGAUUCAUCUCAAGUGAAUGCUAUAAGUGCAAUUGUUCAAACUUAUAAAUGGAGAGAGGCCGUGCCAAUCUAUGCAGACAAUGCAUAUGGGAAAGGUAUCAUACCCUUCUUGGUUGAUGCCUUGCAAAAUGUUGAUGCCCGUGUCCCCUAUCGGAGUGUCAUUUCACCAUUAGCCACAGAUGACAAAAUUGGUGAAGAACUUUACAAGUUGAUGACAAUGCAAGCUAGAGUCUUCAUAGUGCACAUGUCAACCAAACUGGGUUAUCGGCUUUUCAACAAAGCAAGAGAAAUUGGAAUGAUGAAUGAAGGUUAUGUUUGGAUAACUACCAAUGGGAUAACCGACUCUCUAUGUUCAUUAAAACGAUCAGUCCUUGACUCAAUGCACGGGGUUUUGGGUGUAAAAACUUACUUUCAAGAAACAAAAGAACUUGAAAAUUUUACAAUUCGAUGGGAAAGGAAGUUCCAAGAAAACAAUCAAGCCAUUUCGAAUGCUGAACUGACUGUUAUAGGACUAUGGGCAUAUGAUGCUGCUUCAGCACUAGCCAUGGCAGUCGAGAAGGUUGGGACUACAAAUUUUUACUUUCAGAAGACAAAUGCUUCAAGCAACUUGACUGAACUUGAAGCUAUUGGGAUCUCUCAAAAUGGCCCAAAACUUCAUGAAGCAUUAAUGGGUAUCAAAUUUAAAGGCCUAGCAGGUGAUUUCAAUUUUGUUAACGGGCAAUCACAAUCUUCAACUUUUAAGGUAAUUAAUGUGAAUGGUAAUGGUGAAAGAUUGGUUGCAUUUUGGACUCCAGAAAAUGGACUCUCAAGGAAAUUGAAUUCUGGGAACACAAGCACAUAUUUUUCUUCCAAGGAAAAUGUAGGACCUGUUAUAUGGCCAGGUGAUUCAAGUUCUGUUCCAAAAGGUUGGGAGAUUCCAACAAAUGGGAAAAAGUUGAAAAUAGGAGUUCCAAUGAAGAAUGGUUUUACUGAAUUUGUUAAGGUGACAUAUGAUCCUAUUUGCAACAGAACACAGGUAACAGGCUACUGCAUAGACGUCUUCAACGCUGUCAUGAAAACAUUACCAUAUGCUGUUAGCUAUGAGUUCAUUCCCUUUGCAAAUUCAAGUGGUGGAAGCAAUGGGAGUUAUAAUGAUUUGGUCUACCAAGUUUACCUCGAGAAUUUCGAUGCUGUGGUAGGAGAUAUAACAAUUACAGAAAACAGGUCUAACUUUGUCGACUUUACAUUGCCAUACACUGAAUCUGGAGUAUCAUUGGUAGUGCCAAUCGUGGACAAUGGGACUAGAAAUGCAUGGAUUUUCCUGAAGCCUUUAAGUAGAGACCUUUGGAUAACAAGUGGGUGUUUCUUUGUGUUCAUUGGCUUUGUAGUUUGGGUUCUUGAACACCGAAUAAAUGAUGAUUUCCGUGGGCCUCCAGCACAUCAAAUUGGAACAAGCUUGUGGUACUCUUUCUCAACCAUGGUUUUUGCACAACGGGAAAUAGUGGUAAGCAACUUGGCAAGGUUUGUAGUGAUUAUAUGGGUUUUUGUGGUGCUCAUACUCACUCAAAGUUACACUGCAAGUUUGACAUCACUCUUAACAGUUCAACAGUUACAACCAACUAUUAGUGAUAUCAAUCAACUUAUUAAGAAUGGAGAGUAUGUCGGCUACCAAGGAGGAUCUUUUGUUUUGCCAAUUUUAAAGAAAAUGAAUUUUGAUGAAACCAAACUUAGAGUAUAUGAUACUGCUGAAGAAUGUGAUAUACUAUUGUCAAAAGGAAGUGCAAAUGGUGGUAUAGCUGGUGCUAUUUUUGAAAUUCCUUACAUGAAGCUUUUUUUAGGACAAUAUUGCUCCAAGUAUACCAUGGUUGAAUCAAUAUACAAAACUGAUGGAUUUGGCUUUGUCUUUCCGGUAGGUUCCCCUCUAGUAUCCGAUGUGUCAAGGGCAGUUUUAAAGGUGACAGAAGGAGAGAAAAUGAAAAAUAUCGAGAAUGCAUGGCUAGGUAAACAAAACAAUUGUAUAGACUCCAAGAACAAGGUUUCUUCUGCGAGUCUUAGCCUAGCUAGCUUUUGGGGCCUAUUUCUCAUUGCCGGGGUUGCUUCCUUAUCAGCUCUCAUAAUUUCCUUGUCUAUGUUUCUUUACAAGGAAAGGGAACAAAUCUGGAUCCCCGAUCAUUCAGAAGGCUCGAUACGGAGAAGAAUUCAUGACACCUUAAGAAUCUUUGACAGAAAAAACCUCAGUUUCCAUAUUUUUAGAAAGAGAGAACUGCAAGAAAAAAGUCGUAUUGAUAGUGAUCAUGUUAUAGGCGCAAGUGAAGCCUCGCCAAACACUAAGUACCUGCAAAGUCCUUCAAGCUAUACUACCGACACUGAACCCCCCUCUGCUUGCUUGGGAACUUUAGGAACGUCUCCUGGAGAAUAUGGAGAUUUCAAUCCAAAUGGUCUAGCAUCUCAAUUAGAACCACCUAUCGAGCUAAUUAAUUAG